AUGUUUUACCUUGACGGUCCUGAUGGCUUCCAACGUUACUGGUAUGACAAGGAGAUCCCACUGGAGAUGUUUUCUAGGCGGCACAGUGGAGGAAGCUCCAUCAUGAUCUGGGGUGCUUUUUCCUUCAAUGGAACAAUGGAGCUUCAGCAGGACAACGCUGCAGUUCACAACGCCCGCCUGACGAAGGACUUCUUCCAGGAGAAUAACAGAGCCAUUGUGGAUUACCUCUUUACCAAUCCAGAGCAAAUCUGUUGGGUUCUCAAUGGCUAUGAUGAGUUUCACAGAAAACUCACCAGACAAAAGAAAGAGCAGAGAGAGCUAUUGGACCCAGAAAAGCCUCUGCCUGUCGCAGACCUCAUCUCUGCGUUGUUAAAUCGCCAGCUUCUUCCAGGAUGUACUGUGGUGGUCACCUGUCGUGCUCGAGAUGUCAUUGAUUUGGAAGGCUUAUCAGAUAAAGUGGGGCAGCUGCUGGGGUGGGACUGCCAUGAGAUCAAGGAGUAUGUGCACAACUUCUUUGUAAAAGGUAACUCAGCCAGUGGAUCUCUUGGAGUGCAGGCAGCGGACCUCCUUCUUAUCACGCGACACUUCCUUGCCAUGUCAUCCCUCCCUGCACUCUGCAACAUCUGCUGCAUCUGCCUGGAGCAUUUACUGGGAGGGAGAGACACAGGUGAAAAAGUGAGAGAAAAAGAAGAAAAAAAGAGUACAGGUGGCAGGAGGAAGAGGAGAAGAGGACAGUUAUUGGAGCUUUGCCAUUGUGUCCAAGAAAGCCAGGACCACCAACUGGCUGAGCAGGUUGUGCAUACGAGACCCAACCUGGAGCUGCGUAACAUCCGGCUAUUACCUAAUGAUAUAGAUGCUCUGGCUUUUGUAGUUAACUCAGUAGGUGAUAGUGGUAUUGGGCUGGACUUUGGAGCAUGCUCAAUGGAGUUGGAGUGUUUAGAUGACCUUCCCAGGUGUCAGUACGUUCACUACCUCUGUUUUCGCAGCCGCAAGUAUGGCGACAAGUUUGCUGAGAAGUUGUCCUCCAUUUUGCCAAAAUUCACAACCCUGAGAAAGCUAGAGUUUUGUGGUGCCAGUCUCACUGCCCCAGGAGCAGCUAGUUUGGCCUCUGCUCUACAGAACUGUCCAGACGUCACGACUGAACUGAGUGACAAUCUGAAAGAUGCAGGGAUCGAACACAUAGCUGAUGUUUUUACCAAACUACCCAGACUGGUCUCGGUGCUGCUGGGUCGAAACAGCUCUCUGAAAGCAGUGGACUAUCUCAUCGGGAAGUUGUCUUCAUGUUUGAACAUCGAGCAAAUUCACACAGAUUAUGAUGGGAUGAAGGAAAUUACGGUAACUUUCUCCCAAAACUUCGAUUUGAACAGCCAUAAGUCUGAACCUACAAUCAGCUUGUUGAACCAGAAAUGGAGCACACCUGAGAUGCAAAUACUUGCAGAGUCAUUGGCACGUUGCCCUGCCUUGUCUGUCCUGGAUCUGUCUGGAGGCCAAUGGGAUGUGGAAACUCUAAGGACACUGACUCAGUUCUUGCCAAAGUUCAGUGUCACCAAAAAGAUCAUUGUGAACGACAGCUGCUCUUCAGUGGAGGGCUUGGUGAUUCUGACUGCUCUCCUGUCUGAAUGUCCGACUGUGAUGGAGCUUCAUAUCAGACUACAGAGUCCUAUUCAGGUCUCUAUAGUGUUCUCUGGAGGGAGAGAAAAACCUGCAGAUAAAAGAUCUAAACUGCUCUGUCUCAGCUGCUGUGGUCUGCAGCCUGCUGAUCUGGAGAAAGUGUGGAGGAGUUUGGGAAUCUCGUCUGAUCUCAGUUUGCUGGAUCUGUCCAGUAACUGUUUAGGCAACAAAGGUCUGGGAAAACUGUUGGAGGUCCUGCCUCGGCUUAGUAUCAUCCAGGAGAUCAAUGCCAGGAACAACGAGAUCAGCAUGGAAGGAGUGGUGAUAUUGGCUGGUGCUUUGUGUGCCCAUAACAACUUAACACAAAUUCACAUCAGUGAUGGAGGCAGAGAGCAGCUGACCCUGAAGUUCUGCCCUGACAAAAGCGAUGACAAACAGCAGCUAAAGAUGUUCAGGAUAAACAACAGCAGCCUCCUGCCAAAUAAUAUGACCACACUAUGUAGAAGACUGGUCCAAUGUCGCUCCCAUUUGGAGUUAGAUUUGUCUCACAGCUCUCUGACAGACACAGCUAUUGAGAAUCUGCUGAAGGUCCUGCUGAAGAUGACGUCACUGCGGAGACUCAAGCCUCAGACUGAAGCCUUCCUCCAUUUUGAGAGUGUGAAAGCAGAACACGCCAGUUGCAGUUUAUCAAGUAACCGCCUGGCAGAUGAAGGAGUGAAGCAUUUCUUGGAUUCUCUACCGAACCUUAAAAUCACCAACUACGUCAUUUUGAGCAACAAUGACCUGACACAGCACAGACUGUUGGAAGUGGCGAGCACGCUGUGUACCCGUGGUAACGUUUCUGGUGCAGAAGUGAGUUUGGCAGCAGAGGAGAGGUGUCUCAUCUGGUUUACCCAAUGCGACGGCUGUGAAAACACUCUGAGCAUCUGAGAGAGUAGUUUGGAACGUGGUCAUCUGGUCAGAUUAGCAGAGAUCGUGUCUGCCUGUCCCAGCCUGACCAAACUGGAGUUCAAGAACAAUUUGCUACAGUCGGAUUCGAUUGAAGACUAUGUGAAACUGUUGAACAGCAGCGAGAGAGGAAUCAGUGUCAGUUUUGAGGAGCGUUGGAUCAGAUCUGAGGAGGCUGUAUGUUUGGUGUGUCGCUGUCUGAAGCUCAACGGUAACAUACACCUUUGCAGGGUUCACCAAACCACGCUACACCUGUCUCUGAUGAAGUCCAAUGAACUGACUUCAGUCAGCCUUGUGGACUGUGCAGUAGAGGGGCACCAGCUUACAUCGAUGACAAGCAUUAUCCAGAAGUGUCCUUUACUGACAGAGCUAGAUAUUUCUCACAACAGCCUGGGUAUAGAGGGAGCUGAGUUCCUCUGUUCUGUUCUGCCUUUGCUGCCAAAUCUCAAGUCUCUUGGUAUUGGUUCCAAAGAGCCGAGUUUGACUGUGGUUCAGAAGCUCUCAGAGGCCUUGCUGCAGGCUACAGCCAUUCAGUGCCUAAAUCUGUCAGGUCAUGUGAUUGAUGACACAGCAGCUCAGAUUAUGACCACAAUGUUGCCCCGUCUACGGUUACUCAACCUGUCUCACUGUGCCUGGUCAGCGGCUGGAGGGCUGCAGCUCAUCAAAGCACUGGGAGAAUGUGUCAGUCUGGAGGGCCUUUGUCUGGACUCUUUGCAGCUGAAUGAGAAGAGCAUGAUGUGUCUAGCACAAGCACUAAAGAAUAUCAUCUCUAUUUGCAGUCUCAAGCUAAACAAGAUUUCCACAGCACCGGGGCAAUCAGGAGCAAAUGGUUUAUUAGAUCUCCUCACUACCAUGGAGGGACUCACACGAAUGGAAGAGAGUGUCAUUUCGGGCUGGAGGAUGGCUGAUAGAGGAAUAGAGCAGCUGACCAGAGUCCUUCCUGUCUGGACGGAGCUCAGGAAGGUCAGUCUCUCUGAGAACCUUAUAAGCGAUGAAUCAGACAAGCUACUGGAGGCUUUGAACAGCUGUAGUCACCUUGAAGAGCUCCAUAUGGCCACUAACAGUCUGGGUGAUCUCACUGCUGCAAGAAUGGCUCUUGUUCUACCAUCACUGACACGCAUCUCUGUGUUGGAUCUGGAAUCAAACAGUGUGAGUGGGGUUGGAGCUGAGGCCCUGGUUAGAGCCUUAAAGUCGUGUCCUGCUCUGCAGCUCAUCAGGCUGUGGAGGAACUAAGUCCCACCUAGUGAAGCCCACAGGCUCAGUCUGAGAGACAGGAGGCUGAAUUUCUCUCCUACCUAAUGUGGUCUGCAUUGUUGGACAGUGGCAGUGCAAAGCAAUAUUCCAGUUCAUGGGAAUCUGCAGAGAUGAGUGACUGCUUCAGUGGAGUUAAAAUGUGUUUUCCCUGCAGUAAGCCCAUCAGAAAAGCAUGACAGCAAAAGAGGUCCAUAUACAAUGUUUUGCUAUCAGU